UUACCCAUAAUGCCUCUCGACAAACCCAGCCCCCAACCCCAUAGCCCCCUCCCAACGAGAGAGAGACUCAAAUCACAGGCGGGAGAAGAGAAGACGGAGGAGGAGGCAGUUAGUUACUUAGCGGAGUUUUUACGUUUUAUAGAUUAAAAGAAACAACAACGUUUAAUAUAGUUUUAAGUCGCCGAUUAAUUUCCGAAUGAGUUAAUAAACGUUAGAUAUUUGGGUCGAAGAGGAGGCAAACUAACGGUUAUUAACCGACAUUAACGGUAGCAACCGUUGCCAGGCAGAGACGGGAAGUGAUUCAACAGGUCGGUGUUUUAAACCUUACUUUACUCUUUAAACUGUGUAAGUUAACUUUGUGCUUUAACAAAGUUUCUCGUUUUAGUCUUGUUAAACAGGAUAAGUGAGUUAAUUUACACUGUGUGUUAUUAUUUAAUGGCUUCGGUCGACAUGGUCUCUGUUUCCCUCCUAAGUUAGUUACGUUCCAACCCCCACAGAUGACUCACUAGUCACUACUUCACGCUACUCACGUGUAACGAUGAUCAUGAAAGGGCAGAAACGUAAACACCCACCAGAGGACGUGGAGACGGACCUGAGCAACCCCACCUGGGAGAUCCAACGCCAGUUUGUGUUCUCUGUUUCCCUGAACAAGUACCAACGUGGCCAGGAGCUGCCUGAACCCAGCCUGCGGCGCUCUGUCCUGAUCGCCAACACGCUGCGGCAGGUCAGCAUGGAGGCCUGUAGGUUCCCCUCUGUAGACAUGGAGGUGUCCCAACCUGGUAGCUCUUCCUCUUCAGCACAACAUCACUCUGCAGUGACGUUUGCUAACAGCCACUCAGCUCUUCUCAGUGACCCUCUGGUUUCUUCAAAUCCCUUUUUAAAUUGUGCCACAGGUAGGUCUGCUGCAAACUGCCACUUAAAUGCAUCAGAUGUCCCUUUGACUUUGGUAAAAGAUGAAGAUGAGGACUGGGGGUCGUUGUCCACGGAUUCUGAUUUCUCCAUUUCAGCUGCCAUCUCCUCCAUCCUCACUGCACUGGACUCUACCAUCGACGGGAGCCCACAGGCAGCUCCACGAACCCCCCUCAGGUCCUUGGAGAACCUGUCCGGGCCUUCCGAUGGAGGCGCGGCUUGGCUGAAACAGGGAGUCAGAGGUUACGGGGGCGGCUGGGAGCAGCAGGAGGAGUGGAGGGCGAGGGAGAGCAGCAUGGAGGUGAUGAGGUCCAGCUACCUCAGUGAGCUCACCGUGGAGGAUCUGUUCCAGGACAUAGACACGUCCCUGCUGGAGAAGGACAUGGGAGUGCUCGGGCUCCGAGGCAGUGGAGACGGAUACCCGACCGGGGAUGACCUCCUACGGUAUCUGCCUCCUUUAUCCUCCCCCUCCUCGCUCCCCUUCUCCUUCUCUCUCAACCAGAAUCUAAAGUGCCUGCCUUCGUUCUCCUCGUUCAGCCCGUUAUCGUCUUCCACAUCAUCUUCAUCUUCUCUUCCUUCGCCACCCUUCUCUAGUCAGAAUCAUGUGAGAGAAGGACUCGAGCUGGAGCAUCUGAUGGAGAUCCUUGUGGAGUCCUGAUUUGCUCACCAUCACACUGUAAACAAGUCACCUGAACACCAUUCACUUAUUUUCAAAAAAACUCCUCAUGGUGGCAAAGAGCUGGAUUUUAAAACACAUUAAAUAUUCACGUUGUUGCUUUUAUAUAUUCUUUAAGAAGUGGUAUAUUAUGGGCUUUAGAAAGUAGUAAGAAUGCUCUAGAAAUGUAGAAAUGGUUGAUCUUGCAGACAGGAAAUGGUGCAUAUGAGGUGAUGCAUUCAGCAGCUUUUUGUGCAACAUAAAGGGUUUGUGAUUUCUGGCAAACCAGACAGUGAGUCAGUGUCUAAUUAACCUCUGAAAAUAAUUUUACUACAGUUUCUAGUGUGACUCAGCUAAUUGGAAAGAGGCACAGAGGUAUCUAAUUAUAAAACAGGAUUUACUCCGCAAAUGAAAAGUUGUCAGAUAAUCUCUUUGCACUUCAGCAGUGCAGUUAUAAAAAUUGUCAAAUGCAUCACAGCAUCAAGUAUCCUGAAGUAAGAAGAAAAGCAGCAGCCAGGUGGACUAAAUGUUGAGUGUAAAAUGUUAAUGUGAGGUCUGAGAGAAAGUGAUUGGGCUGGUUGUUUGAAGGACAAUGGUGGAAACACGAGUAUUAUAGGUCAAACUUCUGUGAAGAAAUCCUUUAAGCUCAUAUUUAUCAAUGAGUUAUAACAGCGGCAUGCAGGAAAAUGUGUUUUAGUCAGAAGAAUUCAUUAGAAAUGGUAUUUUGUUAUAGAGCUGCAAUGAUUACUUAAAGUAAGAUUAUUAAAGUUAUCAAGUAUUUUUGAUAAUCGAUUAAUCUGUAAAGUGCAUUUUUCAUGAAAAGUGUCAGAAUAUCUUUGGGUUAUGAACUGAUUUAACAUUUAAUGACAUCAGCUUGAAGUUUGAGAAACUGGAAUAUUGUUCACUAUUUUUUACUGAACAAUUUAUCGAGAAAAUAAUCUGCAGAUUGGACAAAAAUGAAAAUGAUUGUUUGUCACAGCCCCAUUUCUUUAAGUUACAAAAUAAUGAGACAUUUGAAGUGUAUUUGUUGACGGUUAUUGUUAACUGGGUGAUCCUUCAGUUUAUCAUCCGUUAUAUUUCAGUAAGUGGUAGUUGGAGGUUCAGUUACAACACACGACUGUUCUGUAACGGCUAUAUGCACAAUCCAGCUCAGAAAGACUAUUUAUUGUCUUUUAAUAGAUGCUUUUAUUCAAAGAGCCUUUUCAGUACUGUGAUUGUGUGCAACACGUCCUCAGGUUUGAAUGUCACUGUAAAGUCACAAAACCACUACACAACAGCUUCUGUUGUACAGAUGUAAUAUUAAUAUUGAUAUUAACCAACCUGGUGGGUGUUUAGUAUGGGCUGAAAUUCGUGCCACCUGAAACUGAAUUUGAAUUAUUGAUAAAUCUAGAAAUAAGCAUGUUGAACACUUAAAAUAAGAAAUUAACUCUUAAAACAAGAUAAAUUAUCUAACACUUCUAAAUCUAAAGUUUUUAUAUCUUGGUAAGAAACAUAAUUGUCAGGUCACUCUGCUCGGGCCAGUUCAUCGCUGCUUGCAGCUUUAAUUUAUCUUGUUUUAAGAGUUAAUUUGUUAUUCUUUAUAAGUAUUCAACAAUCAAUGUUUAACAAUCUUAAUUUAAGAAAUCUUGUUAAGUGAAAUUGUCUGUCCAGAUUAUCUGUCUGCAGUGCAGAUGUUCGUCCCAGAAAAUUUAAAUUGAAUUUUGCAAACUGAAUUUGAAUUGUGAGAACUGAAUGUUUAGUUCCAAACUAAUAAAUUCAGAUUCAGUUUUUAAUGCAGUUAUUCAAGCUAAGCAAUUCAAAUUCAAAUAUAAAUAAUUCAAAUUCAGUUUCUGGUGGCUCAUAUUUCAGCCCAGAGUUUAGCCUCGUGCUGUGAGCCACAUUGGCUGAUGGAGUCUAGUUGGUGCUAACUUAACCCACCAGUAGAACCAGUCAGGUCCUGCUGGUCUUAGUGGGUUCACAUGUUCGCUCUGGUUUACAUCUGAAUUAUUGCACUUUUGUUAAUAUGCAUUUCUAAAUCAUAUGAGCAUGUGAUGUGUGUUUCUCUGUAUUUAUUAAAGCAGUGGGAGCAUUACAGGUUAAAUUUGGCCAAAUUUUGAACCCAUAAAGUGGAGUCCUAUGAAAUGUUCUGGUUGUUUUAACUGUAAUUUAACCAGCUGUAUAUGUUGAAACGUGUGAUGGGGAAGAGUGUAAAUUGUUUUUAAGGAAGCACACGGUGCCUGUUUUCAGGUUUUUGUACUUUUUUUUCUGUUUGUGGAUCAGAGUUGCUUUCUAUGCAAAGGACUGCAGUCUCAAACUAUAAAUGUCAUAUUUUGUUAGCAAGAUAAAUCAUUUAAUGUCACACCAUAUUUGGUAAUUUUCUAAUGGUAUAUUAAUGUACCACCAUGGCAGUUAUUUUAUUUUUUAUUUUCUACAAAUAUUUUAAUUAUGUUUUAAAAUUGAGGGCAGAAUGCCCAGACACUAUGUAUUUAGAAGGCAAAUGUCUUUAUCUAUACUUACCUUUUUAAUAAAAUGUAAAAAUGAAA